UGGGCUACAAGCAGGUUAAGACCAUCGAGCUGCCCCAGCAACGCUCGUCAUCGGUCGCCACGCAGCAAACCACGGUGUCCUCCGUCCCUUCUCACCCCUCCACUGCUGGGAAGACUUACCGAGCCAUGUAUGACUACAUGGCCGCGGACGCGGACGAGGUGUCGUUCAAGGACGGCGACACCAUCGUGAACGUGCAGGCCAUCGACGAGGGCUGGAUGUACGGCACGGUGCAGAGGACGGGCAAGACUGGCAUGCUGCCUGCCAACUACGUGGAGGCUGUGUGA